CUACCGCAUGCAUGUCGAUCUUCCAACUCUAUUCCUCACACUGCAAAUCCUCAUACCAGCCGAGUCUCGGCCGAGGAGCCGCGCUGUGCGCUGUUGCGCGACGAGAAAGAAGAGAAGAAGAAAAGAAAAAAAAAGCUGGGCAGUACUAACGUCGGGCAAUGUGUCACGAGCCGCAGGGCUACGACAGGGAGCGGAGGAAUGACGAAAUCCUUGUGCAACUCACACCGUACUCAUUUUACUUCUGCAAGGCUGAGCUAA